AUGGUCAUGGCAUCAACGCUGGACAGACGCGGCCCCGCUUUGCUUCUAAUCUGGACAUACUGCGUCGUGGCUAAUUCGGCGUUUACGAACUUCACUUUGGACAAUGAGUUCCACUCCAGUUUCAUUCACCGUCGUUUGAAGAGUCAGGAGCGCAGAGAGAUGCAGCGGGAGAUCCUGUCGAUUCUGGGACUGCCACACCGGCCAAGACCCAAUCUCCACGGAAAACACAACGCGGCGCCAAUGUUUAUGUUGGACUUGUACAACGCGAUUACUACGGAUGUCGAGGGGCGUUAUUCGUACCCAUACAAGCCUAUAUUUACAACGCAGGGGCCACCUAUUGCCAGCCUCCAAGACAACAACUUCUUGAAUGAUGCUGAUAUGGUCAUGAGCUUUGUCAAUCUAGUGGAACAAGACAAAGAGUUCUUCCCUCUUCGGCGGCAUCAUAAGGAGUUCCGUUUUGAUCUAUCGAAGAUCCCAGAAGGCGAAGCCGUUACUGCAGCUGAGUUCAGGAUCUAUAAAGACUUCAUCCAUGAACGAUUCGACAACGAAACCUUCCGCAUCAGCGUGUAUCAGGUGCUGGAGGAGCACGCCGACAGAGAGUCAGAGCUCUUCCUGCUUGACUCGCGGGUGAUCUGGGCGGCGCAGGAGGGCUGGCUGGUGUUCGACAUCACAGCUACAAGUAACCACUGGGUCCUGAACCCCGGGCGCAACCUGGGCCUCCAGCUGGCCCUCGAGAGCAACAGUGGCGAGAGCAUUCAUCCUCGAGUGGCAGGCCUGAUUGGCCGCAGCGGGCCUCAGAAUAAACAGCCCUUCAUGGUGGCCUUCUUCAAAGCCACAGAGGUGCACCUGCGCAGCAUUCGAUCAGCGUCAGGCGGCAACAAACAAAGGAACUCCAACCGCUCCAAAGCAGCAAAGAACCAGGAGGCUCUGAGAAUGGCCAACGUUGCAGAGAACAGCAGCACUGAUCAGAAACAGGCCUGUAAGAAGCAUGAGCUGUACGUCAGUUUUAGAGACCUGGGAUGGCAGGACUGGAUCAUUGCUCCAGAGGGCUACGCGGCGUAUUACUGUGAGGGAGAGUGUGCCUUCCCUCUCAACUCCUACAUGAACGCCACAAACCACGCCAUUGUGCAAACGCUGGUACAUUUUAUCAACCCGGACACCGUGCCGAAGCCGUGCUGUGCUCCCACGCAGCUCCAUGCCAUCUCCGUGCUCUACUUUGACGACAGCUCCAACGUCAUUCUCAAAAAGUACCGCAACAUGGUGAAGACCAAAAAAAAAGACGCACUUCACUUUAAGCCCAAUUUCUACUAUUUUUACUCACAACCCGCGAGAGGAAAUUUUAGUGUUCUGUAUUUGAGAAGAGGACAAUUAUUUGGUCUUGGGAUGGAGGCCAGAGCCAAGCUGCACCUGAGAGAGUGGCUGAUCGUGCAGAUAGACAGCGGCAGAUAUGAGGGUCUGUGCUGGGAGGACGAGGACAAAAGUAUGUUCAGGAUCCCCUGGAAACACGCAGCCAAGAAGGACUACAGGCAGCGGGAGGACGCGGCUCUCUUCAAGGCGUGGGCCGUGUACAAAGGCAAGUACCGGGAGGGCAGGGACCCGGCGGACCCCACCAUGUGGAAGACCCGCCUCCGCUGUGCCCUCAACAAAAGCUCUGACUUUGAGGAGGUCCCUCAACGCAACCAGUUGGACAUCACUGAGCCGUACAAGGUCUACAGGAUCCUCCAGGAGCCCAGAGAAGAAUCCAUGCAGAGAGGAGAAGUGAAGAGUCCGGACGUGUUGGACUCAGAGGAAGAAGACGAUUAUUAUCAGCCAAGAGAAUCAACUGACGGCAUUCAUCAGGAAAGAACCACAGGAGAUCCUCUGAGGGAGCACAUGUACUGUGAGGUCAAAGAAAACACAUCUGCGAACCUGCCCCAGGCCUCUGUGUCCUUCUUCAGCCACGGGAACAAUAUCUCAGAUGUGCGCAUGCAUGUGACGCUGCUGUACCAGGGCGUGGCGGUGUUGCGGGUGACCACCAGGAGCCCGGACGGCUGCUUCAUCCUGCAGGGCAGCGUCCCUCCGGCCAACGAGAAGAUCUACGGCUCGUGCAUGGCCCAGCAGCUGUCCUUCCCCUCCCCUGCUCACCUGCCCCUGCCCCCAGGACUGGCUCACACCAUGGGCCGGCUCCUGUGCCACCUGGAGAGGGGCGUGCUGCUGUGGGUGGCCCCCGAAGGAGUCUUCAUCAAGAGGUUUUGUCAGGGCAGAGUGUACUGGUCCGGCCCCCAGGCCAAACACGCUGAUCGCCCCAACAAACUGGAGCGAGACAAGACCUUCAAGCUGCUGGACGUGCCGCUGUUCCGCAGCCAGCUGCAGAGGUGUGUGCAGCAGAAGGGGCCACUCCCAUCGUACAAGAUCGAGCUGUGCUUUGGGGAAGAGUAUCCAGACCCCAAUGUUCCCAAAGCAAAGAAACUUAUCAUGGCAGAGGUGGUGCCUGUGUUUGCAGAGGAGCUGCUACAACAAUUACAUCUGCAGGACUCUGGGGACACAGGGGACACUGAAGACAGGAGCACUGAGUCUCACAGCCAAUCAGAGACUGAGCACUAG